AUGGGUUCAGAACGGAGCUGGUGUUGGGGUGACGCAGCCCAAAACACCGGGGCCGAGAAGACAUUCACGGAUCCGCGGAAAUCGAGCGAUCCGUUGGGGGAAACGCCCUUGCUCUUCCCGCAUCUACCGCUGGAGGCCGCUGUUUGUUUACAUCAGUUUGCUCUGGAGAGAUGUCAGGUGGAUGCGCGCUCCGAAAGAUGCCCCGCCGUUGCCCUGGACCCUUCCACCCGCACUCUGAAGCCCUCUGCUCGGCCUGAAUGCCCUGGCGACCCCGCGGUGACACUUAUCAUGGCCACGACACAAGACUCAGUACUGAGGGAGUUCUGUCCGCUGUACUACCUCCUCAACACCAUCCCCACAAAGGUCCAGAGGGGGUUCCGCUCUGUCUUGGUCUACCUCACAUCAGUAGAUUGUAGUCCGGACUUCGUUGCUGUUGGCAGCAGCAUCGGCAUGUUGUACCUGUACUGCAGACGCCAGGGUCACAUGACCAAGUACAGCAUUGAGGGAAAGACGGACUCGCUGACGGCCGUGAAGCUGCUCACCUGUUUCGAUGACUUGGUUGCCGUGGGAACAGCCUCAGGUCGGGUUGCAGUGUUCCAGCUGGUCUCGCCUCUACCCGGGCGCAACAAACAGCUGCGCCGGUUCGAUGUGCAGGGUCUACACCGCGGCCCUGUCACAGCUCUGGCUUGGAGCACCAACGGCAUGAAACUUUUCUCUGGAGACGACAAUGGAAGAGUCGUGUUCACCACACUCGACCUGGACCAGGGGGAGUGUCGCUCCGUGCUGAUUCUGGAGGAGUCCUCGGCUGUGGUCCAGAUCCAGUACCGUCACCAAGUUCUGCUGGUGUCCACGCUUCACCGGACCCUCCUCCACCACCAGGGUCCAGACCAGGUCCAAAACCAGGUUCAGACCAGUCAGAACCAAGCCACCAAGACCGUCGGCACACAGCCACGAAAGAGCAGCGGGCGUUUUGGCGCAUGCUUCCUUCCUUCUCUCUGUAAACAAAGUGAUCUUCAGAUCUUUGCUGCUCGUCCGGGACUCAGACUCUGGAGAUCCAACGUGGAGGGAGACAUCCAGGAGACACGUCUGCUCAAGGCGCUGUUCGGAUCACAGGUCCCCCAGGUAGCGUUGUUCCCUCGACCCUCUCUCUCUGGAGGCUGCAGUCCCUCUGAAAAACAGCUGGGGGCACUCUGCUGCUUCCAUCAGAACUGGCUUCUUAGCUGGAACGAGUACAGUCUCUACGUCCUGGACUACAGCACACAGGAGCUUGUGGGGGUCCUGGAGUCCAGUGGAGAUCUGGUCUCGGUGUCGUGUUCUGAAAACGAGAUCUUCCUCCUGAAAGGCGACCGCGACAUCAUCCGUCUGUCCACCACCCCUGAAGGCGUUCCCCACAGCUCAGACUACUCAGGGCGGCUGACAUCUCCUCUGACCACACCACUGACCCCCACCUUCAUGCCUCCAACUGGAGCUGUGGAAACUGCUCAGUCCAUCAGAACUCUGCCUAUCAUCACAGAAGGAGGACACCAGGGAGACGAGGAGACCGGGGAAGAGGCCAGAGAAGAGGUAGAGCUUCCCUCUCGGAGCCGCAGCAGCUCUGUGGCCUCCUCUGUGACAUCACACGACAGCCCCAGGUUCUGCGCUCCCAUUGGUCAGGAGCAGCCGGAGCUCGUGGUGACGGCGGUGAAGCUGAAGAGGAGACGCAGACGCCGCAGAGACAGUGGAACCGGCCAAUCAGAGGAUAGCUGCUCAGAAUCUCACUUCCCAUUAGAUGACGGUGGCAGUGACCGGCUCUCCCUCUGUGGACUGGACCAGAACCAGAACCAGAGCGAAUCAAGCUUGCAGCAGCCUCCAGACAGUCUGCCCCUGAUCCAGCCUGAACCAGGACCAGACCUGGACCCAGUGCCUCAGACUCCGGACGUGGACCUGCUGUUGGAGUGCACCUUCUCCUAUCAGCAGAGACAGAACCAGGACAAUCCUUCAGACCAGAACUGCCUCCAAGACCCAUUCCUGAGCCCAGAGUCUGGACCAGACCCCAACCAAAAGGAGCCAACCACAGAAGACCAGAUGUUCUUCUCUACCCUCUCGGUCCUGGACAGAAAGCCCAGCGUCUCCAGCGAUGACGAGGACAUCUACACCAGAGUGCCCCCAGUCCGUCAUGAGGACACCCUGAGCCCGCCCUCCAAUCAGCAGCCGGAGCCCGUUGACCAAUCAGAGCAGAGAGAGAAGCCCAAAGAGUCUCUGUCCGACAGCUGGAUGUGCUACAGUGGCCCAGGCUCUGGCAUCCUCCGCCUGCAGGCCACCGACAGGUAUCUCUGGUGUCUCGACUUCAAAGGAGGCCUCUUCUUCUCUCCGCUGUCGGAGCCUGGACUCAACUGGCAGCGCUUUGAUGAUAAUGUCCACCAGGUGGCGCUGUCCCCUUCAGGCAGCCUGCUGUGGAAGGUGGAACAGCGCUCCCUGGUGGCCAUGGCGUGUGCUAAGGCCUCAGUGAAGGGGGCCGGGCAGUCUCCUGUGAAAGGGGCAGUCCCAUCCUCGGUGAAGGGACGGAGACACUGGUACCAGGCCCUGGAGCAGUCUGUCUAUGUGGACCUGAGCGAGGACUCGGCCUGGAUCAUCCGGACCAACGGAGACCUGUAUCUGCAGACAGGUCUGAGUCCGGACCGUCCCUGUGCUCGCUCUGUGAAGGUGGAGACCCCAGGUGUGUUUGUGCAAGUGUGUGUGGGAGGAGGCGUGGUCUGGGCCCUCACCGAGCACAAGGCCGUGUUCUACAGAGAGGGCGUGGACAGUCUCUGCAGCGAGGGAGAGAGGUGGCUCCAGGACACUGUCAGUGAGGCUCAGGGAGUGGAGCCGGUCUGUCUGUCUCUGGGACCUGGUCUGGUCUGGGCUCUGGACUCUGAUGGCCGACUGUGGUUCAGGACUGGAAUCAGCCCGAGUCGACCUCAGGGCACUGACGACCACUGGUGGGAGGUCCGCAUUUGGGACUACGCUGCGUUGGACCAGGGAAGUCUGUUCCAGUCCCUCUGGUCUGGUGCUGGUCUGGGGUCAGGUCUGGGGGUGCGGGGGGGUCCUGUAGACCGUGUGGUGUCCUUCCUCUCUCAGUCCAGUCAGGUCCAGCCGGAUCUCAUCUGCUCUGGACUCUCUGGAGUCUGGGUUGGGUCUGGGAGGAACCGGAUCCACCACCAUCACAGCGGCAGACUCACAGGGACGUUUUGGCAGAAUGUUGUUCCUCGAGGAACAGUGUCAUCCACAAAGUGGAGCUUCAUUGCUUCGUCUGCAGUGCACCCCCCCUCCUCCGGUUCGUUCCUGUGGUUGGCUCAGAGUCGUCGAGACCUGUUCUGUGUUUGGGACAAAGACGGAGACCUCAGACCGUCCUCAGUGCCACUGCCUGCGGAGGUGGAGCUGUGCCACCUCUCUGCCUGCAGAGAUGCUCUCUGGGCUCUGGACUCUCACGGUCGGGUUCUGAUCCGGACUCUGACUCAGUCUUGUCCCUCUGGUCUCACCUGGAGCAUGCUGGACCUCAGUCAGCUCGGAGGAGUGCGGCUGGUGUCGGUCUCCUGUGGCUCUCAGAAUGUUUGGGCUCUGGACUCCAGGGGCCAGGUUUACUUCAGGGUCGGGACUCAAGCCCUCAAUCCUAGUAUGAUGCUGCCUGCCUGGAUCUGCAUCGAGCCUCCUGUGCUGCCUGUAGGGGUGCUACUGGUGCAGAUUGUGAACAGUCCGUCUGACCGGUGGCUGUGGGCGCUGGAUAACAGAGGAGCCGUGUUCGUUCGGAGCGGACUGAGUGACGAGAUGCCAGUGGGCACCGCCUGGGACCACGUGCCAGGUCUACAGGUGUCCCAGAUCCUGCUGGGUCUGGACUCGGUCUGGGUUCGCUGUGUGAACGGGGAUGUAGCUCGAAGGAUCGGAGUCUCGCAGAGAAACUGUGCAGGAGAUUACUGGAGACGCAGCCCUGGGACCUGCUCGUGUCUCACAGUGACUCCGGGAGACGAGCUCUGGGCUGUGACGCCAAACGGACUUCUAUCUCGCCGUCUGACUAAGCUCCUCCCACAAAGCCCUGACCUCGCCCCCUCCACCAUCAGAGGCCCCGCCCACUCCAUCACAUCGUUGAGUGGGGACGACGGUGACGACGAAUGGGAGCUCAUCUGA